GUAGAACCAUGCGCAUAAGGCAUUCGGGACUUGGCUCUCGUGGGGUCAGGCUGCGUACUGGCUUGUCGUCAGCGCGGAUACAAGAUCGGAAAUAAUUCGUUUGCAAACGAUAUAAUAAUAAAAGGCGUAUGCGUUUUCGUGUGUGGAGUGCGUGUUUUUAGAUUUUGUGGUGUGUCGGGUGUUAUUUUUUGGGUUAGCAGCAGAAAGUGCGUGUGAAUUUUUAGUGAAUUAUUUUUGAGCUGUGGAAAUCAAAGAACUGAAUAUCUGAACCACAUUAAAGGAAUUAAGACUUUUGGAGUUCGGCGGGACUAGAGGUACAUAUGUCGUGAAGCAGUGAUGACACGUCUCCGUUCUUGACAAAAAUGGCGAUCCGGACAUCUCUCGUUCUGCUUUGCUUCACGCUGAUACUCGUCUGCAGUUCCCAUAGACACGGCCAUGAUAUUUCCACUGAGGACCCUGACAUAAUAGACAUGUCGGACAAUUCUUCGCAUCACGGCAAGGAUCGAGGAGGCUGGUCACAGUGGAGCGAUUGGUCCAUGUGCUCGAGGACCUGCGAUGGUGGAGUGUCUAGACAACUGAGGACCUGCUCCUCACCGGCCGGCUGUCGUGGGGAACCUGUGCGUUACAAGAUCUGCAAUAUGCAGCCGUGUCGAGCGAACUCCUCGCUACUGGAAGAUGAUGUGUGGCGUGAGCAACAGUGCAGCGCUCACGACAGCACCCCGUACGGUGGAGAGCUCUUCCACUGGAGGGCUCAUCGGGACGACGCUGAACCCUGCGCUCUGACCUGCAGAGGAGUCCCGCAGCAUUCUGGCGUGAGGCCAGAACCGACUGUGUCACUAGACGAAGACGAUCAUAUCGUGGUGGCUGUGCUCGCCGCAAGAGUGUCAGACGGUACCAGAUGCAGGGCAGGAAGUCUGGACAUGUGCAUUGAUGGACGGUGUCAGCGUGUGGGCUGCGAUCUUCGGGUUGGUUCAACGAGGAGGGUCGAUGAAUGCGGUGUCUGCGGAGGAGAUGGGUCAUCCUGCUCUCGACCGAGGUAUCACUGGCUGGCUACGCCUGGAUCUCUAUGUUCUGCUACAUGCGGAGGCGGUUACAAGAUGUCUCUGGCCGUGUGUCGCGACCGGCUCACGGGAUCAGACGCUCCCGAAGAACUCUGUGACGCCUCAAGCAAACCUCAAACUUCGGUCAUGAGAUGUAACACGCACCCGUGCCCUUUCAAGUGGUAUGUUGGAGAAUGGUCAUCAUGUAGCGUUACUUGUGGCGGUGGCGUCCGCACUCGACGCGUGCUGUGCGCUAGAUCGGCUAACGUCACGACCGCUGACACUUACGACCCAGGCACGAGUACAGAGCCCGGAUGCCUGACACCGUCUCCGAGGUCCUCACAGGCUUGCAACCAGCACGACUGUCCAACUUGGGUAGCCGGACCGUGGUCCGGGUGUUCGGUAUCUUGCGGUGAAGGCGUCCAAGUGAGAGGAGUGGAGUGUACUCCAGCUGGAGGUGGCUGCGACCCUUCAACUAGACCGGAAAUCACCAGGCCUUGUUCCACUGGCAUCAGUUGUCCCGCUUACAGGGAAUCCGAUGACCCUGAAGAUGAUAUAGACGACCUGCUACCAGGAGUUCUAUACCACACGCAGCCUCUCAUUCAACAAUACCCACCUCCACAAGCGAAGGCCGAGAGACUUAUCGGCGAACCGGAUGUGCCACUUGAAGCUACCUACAUCAAAGACGAUGAGUGGGGUCCCUGUAGCGUCACAUGCGGAGAGGGAUGGAGAAAAAAGGAGGUCCAUUGCAAGAUAUUCUUAGAGUUUAGUCGGACGAUUGCAAAAUUGCCCGAUAGUAAAUGUAUGGGACCCAAACCGACCGAAGAAACUGAAAGAUGCGUGAUGGAGCCAUGCUCUAUGGCCUACGGAACUUCGUUUGGGGACUCUAGUGCCCCUUCUUAUAGCGGCGCUGAUAGCAGGUCUUUAACUUAUGGUACCUCAAGUAACAUCAGGGUGGCCCCUGGAUCUCCUGGCAAAUCAUACUCCUGGAAGGAAAAAGGCUAUACGAGUUGCAGUGCGUCUUGUCUCAGUGGAGUCCAAGAACUUAUAAUUCAAUGCGUGCGAGAUGAAGAUGGUAAGAACGCAUCACCAUACAUGUGCGACCCUCACACCAAACCCGAGAACAGAGUUAGGACCUGCAAUGAUCACCCGUGUCCCCCACGUUGGAACUAUACAGAAUUCUCACAAUGUACAAAAUCAUGCGGCAUCGGUAUCCAGACUAGAGAAGUAACUUGCAUACAUGAGGUAACACGUGGUGGUACCAACACAGUCGUGGUACCUAACAGCAUGUGUCCGCAACCACCACCACCGGACCGGCAGUACUGCAAUGUGCUAGACUGUCCAGUCAGAUGGCAUACAGGGGAGUGGACCAAAUGCUCCAAAACCUGUGGCGGGGGCGUUAAGCAGAGAGAGGUUGAAUGCAAGCAAAUAAUGGCGCAGUCCCACGUAGUAGAACGUCCGGCAUCGCUGUGCAGCUCACCUCGUCCGCCAUCCACGAAGUCUUGCAACAGUCGACCCUGUUUACUGGAUACGUCAUCGCCGGAGAUAUCUCUCGCUAACUCGUCUUAUAUUCAGCACGACCCUAAGAAGAAGAAGGUGACAGUAAAAGUGGGAGGUUCGGCGACUAUUUUUUUCGGGACCCAAGUGAAAAUAAAAUGUCCUGUCAAAGGAUACAACAGGACAAGGAUACAGUGGGCGAAGGACAAUCAGAUUAUAACGAAAUCCAAGAAAUACAAGAUAUCUAGGAAAGGCGCUCUACGAAUCACGACCCUGUCGUUCAGAGACCACGGAGUGUACACCUGCGUCGCUGGAAGAUCUAACGCGAAUUUGACUUUACUUGUGAAGCCAAGACCUGGAGAGUUCCCUUCUAGCGAAGAAAUCGAGCGGCAUAAGGCUUUAGAUGAACCGUCAUCACCUUUAUCCGACAGCAGAGCGGAUGGCAGAUACAGAGCCAUGACCGGUGGAGCUUCAGAUGAUCAGUCUCACGAACAGCGACCUGGAGACCAAAGAAAAAAUUACAAGAACCGCCAGAAAACAGGUAAAACUGAUAAAGUAAGAGAAACAUUAUACAGCCAAACGGCUACUACAAAAGCAACGCCCAGCUUCAAUCCCCAAGCCAGAGAUAUUUACGACGAAAAUGAGGAAAGUGCUGUGUCUUCACGGAUGCUACCGCCCAAACGUAGCAGUGCCGGCAGGCUUCUGCCUUGCCUCCAUUACAUAGUCAUGCAGCUUCAGAUGUUUUGGAAUUUUCAGACCGUAGGCAACUCGAGAGGACAACGGACUGUCGAUCCGAUACUGAUGUACCAGAACUACGGUUCGCAAACGAAUCGAAUUUUAAAUUAUGAGGACAAACAGAUCGUAUUCCCCGAAGAUGACGAUUCUGAUAUCAUAAUCGUGAACGAAGAUUACGCUAAGCAGACGUAUAAAGAAAACGAUUUGAAUUUAAAAGAAAAUCUUCUUGAAGUUGAACCUACUACUGAAACGAGAAUUACCACAGCUUCGGACAUAAUGGAAUACGCUUGGAAGACAACGGACUGGUCUCCUUGCAAUGCUGUAUGUGGGCAAAUCGGUCACCAAGUUAGAGGAGCCAUGUGCCAGCAUAAAACAGUGAAUCAAACGACAACGGUCGAAACCGAAGAAUGCCUAUCCAGAGGUUUGAUCCCUCCGAAGGUGGUGCUCGAGUGUGGCGGAGACAAUUGCGCCAAUUGGAAAACUUCGCAGUGGUCAUCACGUAGAUGCCUCAGGAGUGGAACUGCUAUAAUUCGUCGUCGAGUUGAUUGCACUGCUGACAAUGGAAGCGUCUUGCCGCAAUCCUCAUGUGACUUCACAACGAAACCCGAGAAGAUCAGAAAGGACGGAAAGCCGUGCACGGCGACUUGGGACGUGGGUCCUUGGACUAAGUGUAAGGGUGAAUGCGGUAGUCGUGGCAGACAACACCGCACCCUGCGCUGUGUGUGGCGCGCGGCAGGCGGGACGGGCGCGCGGGGGCCACCUGGAGAGAGGGGGGCGCGGGGCGCUGGCGUCGCUUGCCGUGACCUACGCCGACCGGCAGUGUUGAGAGACUGUCCUCUACAGCACUGUGUAAGCAAUGAUGGCGUGUGCAGGGACACGUCGCGAUUCUGCGAGAACGUCAGGGCAAUGAACAUGUGCGCCUUGAAGAGAUAUAAGGAGCAAUGCUGCAAGACUUGUUCCGACUGAAUCCUUCCCCGACGGUUCCGUGAAUUAAAAAAAAAAUUGUGACAUUAGAAGUGACGUUUGUGUAACGAAUGAAAAUGGCGGUAGUUUUAUUUAGUUGGUUAAUUUUUGAUUGGUGAUGUUUUGUGGCAUUUUGAAAAGCAAUGGAGAGAUUUUGCAGUAAAUAAUCGAAACAGUUUGGCGGUCUCGUUGUAAUUAAUUUAGUAUUUUUCGUGUGCCAUAUCGCGCCGCAAAGCAUUGCAAUUUAGAUCUGAUUUUUUUGUUGUUGUGAUAAAUGCGUCGUAAUUUUCUCUGGGAUUUUUAAUAAUCAUAUUGAUUAUUUUUAUUUGUUUUGGUAGUCGCAAUUAUUUAAUUAUUAUUAAAUAAAUUUUAUAUGUAACUGAAUAUUAAUAUGAUAAAAGCUAACCAGUUAAAUCGGCGUAAACACGUGCGACCUCUUCAGAAGUCGAGGUUCAAAUGUCCGAUUUUCAUUCCAAUCCUACUAAUGUUGCAUAGCGGUAACCUACCGACCCUAAUGAUAGCACCUAAUAAUUUUGUAAGUAAAUAAUACAUUUUUCUUACCAUCAAACUAAUAGGAAAAUGAUAAGGUUAAGUAAAUCUAUCACUACUGAUGCGUUCAAAUAAAAUGCACAAAUAAUUAACAUCGCGUUAGUGAACUCGAUCUUUUUACAUGAUUUAUUACAUGACUCAAAAAUUUGCGUUUACGAACCGUAUGACGCCUGAGCUAGAGAAAAAAAUAAAGUCCAAAUUCUGAAAAAAAAAUCAGUAAAACUGACAUUACAAAUGGACGAAAAGAAAAGCGCUAAGAGAAAAUUUGAUAAGGGUUCCUUUGAAAAGGUUGAUAGCGCUUCAAGAUUAUUUUCCCUUUUUUUAUAUAAAUGAACAAGGGUAGACACGAGAUCUAAUAGUUAAUAAAGCAUUUCUUUUUAAUUCAUCAGAUUUCAUUCGCUUGAACACAGAACAUGUUUGAUAAGAAAGAAAAUUUAAGUCAUUUGUCAUUUAAGUCGUAACUUCAAGUUGAAUCGCGUUUGCUUAUUAACAGCUUACUAGCAACUUAUGGACAGUAUUAAUGAU